GAGACUGCGGACACAGUACAGGAGAUGACCGGAGACUGCGGACACAGUACAGGAGAUGACCAGAGACUGCGGACACAGUACAGGAGAUGACCAGAGACUGCGGACACAGUACAGGAGAUGACCAGAGACUGCGGACACAGUACAGGAGAUGACCAGAGACUGCAGACACAGUACAGGAGAUGACCAGAGACUGCAGACACAGUACAGGAGAUGUCCAGAGACUGCGGACAUAGUACAGGAGAUGACCAGAGACUGCGGACAGUACAGGAGAUGACCAGAGACUGCGGACAG